AUGCAUCAUUCUAUAUCUGAAAGCAAAUUAAAUGAAGACACAAAUGAUAUGGUUUUAAAGCAAGUAGUAUCAGCCCUAAAUGAAAGAAGCCUAACAUUAGAAGAGUGUUUCAGAGCCGCUGACAAUGAUGGCGAUGGUCUAGUUUCAUGCAGUGAGCUUGCUCAAUUUUUAACCAAAUUACGGCUUGAAAUUCCUCAAAACGUGAUUUCCAAGCUCCUAUAUAUAUUAGAUGAGGACAUUUCUGGAAAUAUUGAAGCUAACGAAUUUUAUAAUUGCUUAGCAGCUUAUAAAGUAUCGACAGAAAACCAUCGCACAAAUGCUAGAACUUAUGAGCAAGAAGUCUUAGUAAGAUUUAUUGGCGUUAUUAAUAGAAGAGGCAUAGACCCUGAAGAUAUUUUCAAUAUGUGUGAUACUAGCAACUCUGGGCUUGUUUAUCCUAGAGACCUUGAAAAAUGCUUGAUGGGAAUGAAUAUAAAAUUCCAACAAAAAGAAAUAAGGUCGCUUAUGAAUAUUUUUGACGCAGAUAAUAGUGGAGAGAUAUCAAGGAAUGAAUUUUUAAGGCAUAUGAAUGUGGGGAAUCAAGCUUUUCAAAUUGAAACUGUGAAAAGUAACUUAGCACUACCUGAAACAAGGACCAGCAAUGCAUGGCUAAGCCCAAGAAAUACAGAAAGUAAAGUGGAUUGAGUUGUGAGCACAGUCACCAAAAUGGAAAGCAAAGGUCUAAGCAUUGCAGAGUGCUUUGAAAGUAUUGAUACUAACAGAGAAGGAAAAAUUACUCUGGGGUCUUGCUAUAGAAGUCUUGCGAAAUCAUAUCCUCAUCUUUCAAGAGAUGAGCUCUUAAGGCUUCUAACGUUUAUUGAUAGCGAUAAAGAUUCCAUCAUCAACCAUCCAGAAAUUCAAGAAUUUUUAAAUACUUAUUCAUCCCCUAACAAGCUAUCAAUCAAGCAGCUUUUUUCAAAAAUCGCUUUACAGAUCCAAAAUGAAGGAGAAACCACCUCAGCUUAUUUUUCUAAAUAUGGAAUAUCUGGCACACUAGAUGCAAAUACUUUUCAAAACCAAAUGGCAAAGUUAUUUGGUUUAACUGCUCCUCAAGCUGAGCAGAUUUUUGUAUCAUUAGAUUUAGAAAAAAGUGGUGCAGUGUCUGCUAAGUAUUUGGUUGGAGUUAUCCAGACAUAUAGAACUGAUAAUAUGCAAGAUGAAUCAGAUAGCCAACAGAUUCUUUCUACUGGAAGAGACCCAAAAGAGAUCCUGCAAAAAUUAGCUAAAGAUUUGAUAAAUGCAUUAAAAGUCAAUUCAUUAGAACCGAUAAAUAUUUUUAGAUUUGCUGACAAAAGCAAUAAAGGGACCGUAAAAGUAUCAGAAUUUCAAGCAGCGCUACAAAAAUUGAUACCUUUAAUUGAUAAAAAAUUACUAAAAGAAAUGGAAACGCUGUUUCCUAAUGAAAUAAUUACAAAAGAAGAUAUUAUAACAACUUUUCAAUAUACUAAAAAAGAAGAAGAGGAAGGCUUAGACCAGCAUGGGCUAACUGUUGAACAAGUAUUUUGGCUUAGGAAACUUAUAGAAGCUAUGGAAAAAGUUAAUGUGACAGAGCAAAACUUGUUUACAGCUGCAGAUCUGAAUAAUGAUAAUAAAGUAGACAUUUUCGAACUGAAAGCAGCUAUGAAAAGAUGCUUUCCAGGUGUUAUACUUAGUCAUGCUGAGCUCACAUCAAUUCUUUCUGCAUUUGAUACUAAUAAAAAUGGCGGCAUUGAAAAAGAUGAAUUUAUUCAGAGAUUGCAGGACGCAAAAACAUCUAACUACUCCUUUCUGUUAGCGAGAUAAAUUAUUUGCUCUUUUUAAAUUUUUAUUUUUGACUAAUUUAUAUAUUUGUAAAAUAAUAAUAAAAAAAUUUAUAUAGGAGUUUUCCCUAUAUGACCCGAUAAGGGCCGUGGGUUCUCCGUGGAAUCUCUCUGCUGGUUGAACCAAUCAGUGAAUGGUCAAACAACGCACUGAGUUGGUUUGGCCAACAGAGGGAUUCCACGGAGAACCCAUGGCCCUUAUCGGGCCAUAUAGAGAAAACUCCUAUAAUUAAAUAGAAUUAAAGAGAGAUUUAAUCAAUUAUUCACUGUCUCACGGAAGGCAUUUUCCCCAAAAAAGGAUUUUUCAGAGUGUUUGAUUCAUGGAGCUGAGUAGUAAGCACAAUAAGCGAGCAGUCAACAGCCACUCUAAAAAGCUUGAAACCCAAAUGAGCACAGAUCCUGUAUCUUUAAGUCCUGGAAAAUCUAUUAAACUUAUGAAUCAGCCAUCACUCAAAUUUGGAGCAAAAAUUGCUGCACUACCGCUUAAGCAUUUAUAUAAAGACAACAAAUUUCUUACAAAUGUCCACAAAAUUCUUUCAGCAAUAAACCCGAAAACUCCAAUUUUUCAAUUUUUUGAAGACUUAGGAAUUUAUCCUCACUCAAUAUUCAGCUUGCAAAGGUUAAAAUUGAUAGGCCAAGAUUACCAAAUUUCUCAUUCAGACUGUGAGGAAAUGAUGAGAGCUUUAGAUACUCACAAUAAAGGAUACGUUUAUUUCUAUAGCUUAUUUACAGUUUUAGAGUCACAUAGAAGCACAAUGGUAUCAUUUCCAAUUCCUCAAAAUCCUAAUGCUGAUCCUACUACUGUAUCUUUGCUUGAAGCCAUUGCGAUGAGCCUUGAUUUUAAUUUUCCACUUAAAAAUCAAUUACCAGAUUUUUUAGAGCCAAUUGGAAAUGAUAGAGCUCUUGAUUUCUUAAAAUUAGAACAAAAAGAAAUAAAUCAGCUCAGAUUAGCUUUAUAGCCCAAGACAGCUUUUAGCUUGGGCUAGUAGCUUUCCCUCCAACUCUAGAAUUUGUUUUUAGCCAAAAGUUGGCAAGUGGGUAUGUUUCUUCACUAGUGAAUCGUGUAGUUAGUUGACAAAUUUUGGAUAAAAACCAACUCCAAGAGUUGGAGAGAAAGCUGCUAGCCCAAGCUAAAAGCUGCCCUGAACUAUACCAAGCAAUGCAUAUGUCUAUCAUAUUGCCACAAUAAUGCAAGCAUUUCUUCCUAAGCUUGCAUUAGAUCCUAAUGAAGUAAUGCAUUGUGCAAUUCACUCUCAGCAAGUCCGCAGCCAAGCAGCUGAAUAUUUUGCUCAGUUUUAUUUAAACGCAGAUGAUGUCCUUGAAAAAAAUGAUUUAUCAAGCAAAUUACUAAGAUCACUUGAUUUAAGACCAGACGAAGCUAAUAUGAUGCAGGAAUCCAUAUAAUAAUAAAAUUGCUUAAGAUGAGGGGCGCUCCUCUCACUUAACCUUUAUUAUUAUGGGGUUAAAGAUUUUUACACAUGCACUUCUUGAUGAUAGUGAAAUAAUGCCGAAGGUUUUCUUACUUCGCGUCCUUUAUAUAUCGUUUUUACCUCUUUCUAUAGCCCUAGGAAUUAGUAAAUUAAACCAAAUAGGUGCUGGAGGAAAGCCGGUACAAGCGUAUUCACGGGAGUUCCGGGCUCUCAAAUGGCUUCAAGGAGUUAGAAGGAUGUUCUGCCAACAGGAUAUGCAACACAAUCAGGGAUAGUGACCAUAUCGAGAAAAAAUGGACCUUAUGGACCUUACUCCCUCUGUCAGUGAAAAAAUAAACUUGUUCGCUCACGGACGGGGGUUAAUUUUUUUUCUUUAAAUUUAUAUAUAAAUUUUAUAGAAAAUUUUAUAUAUAAAUUUUAAAAAAAAUCCUAAUUGCAAAAAUUGAGAAGCAAAUAUUAAUUUAAUUUAUAAAUUUAUGUUUUAAAACGCAAUUUGUUUAAAAUUAAACAGAAUUAGCGCGAGAUUUCAUUAUACUAAUAUAUCACUUAUAUAUCAAUUUUUUUUCAUACAAAAUUUUUUCUAUGAAAAAUUUUUGUUCACUCACGGAUGGUGGGUUUUUGUGCAAAAAAUAGGGAUUUUUCUAAUGGUUUUGUUCGCUCACGGAGGGGGGGAGUUAGCAUCUAGUGGCCCAACUAAAGGCGGAGUUAAAUUUAAGUAAUCCAAGUCUAAGACGCAGGAAUUCAUUUAUGGGAAUAAAGAUGGAAACAGGCCAGUUUAUCAGUUUUUUACUUAUUUUGAUAGUGUAUAUAGCAUGUAUAUCGGAGGAAAGAUAAGAAACCAAUUUCCUCAGCUUCCUUUUAAUGAUGAUAGAACCCCAUUAGAUAUCAGAAAAGCAUAUGAAAAAAUGGCAAAUUCUAUAACUGAACAAAGAAGUUUAUAUGAGGUAUCUUUGUCUGAAUUACUCUCAGAGUCAGAGCUAGCAGAAAAAUUUGUGCCUAUUUGCAAGCUGACUUCUGAAGUGCUGGUGAACUAUUUUAAGUACCUAAAAAUGAAUAAUAAUCCAAAAAUACGUGUUUAUCAUUUUAUUGCAGUACUAGAUAGCUAUAGGCAAGGCGAAGCAUUAGGAGCUGUACCGAUUUCAAAUGAUUCUUUUAUAGCUCUUAAUGAGAAUAUCCCACUAACACUAUCAGGAGCGGAUUGGGCUAGAAAGAAAAGCAUCAGCUUAGGAGCAAUUGUUGAUAAAAACCAAAUCCAUAACAUGCUUACAUUUUUAUCUUCUAAGGAUUUAGAUUCCUUAUUCAGUUUAGUAGACGCAACAAAGAGAAAUUUUAUUUACGUCCAUCAAAUCGCCACUCUCAUAGACAUUGCUCAUCAUACUCAAGGCAAUAUUGGCCAGUUUCCUCUAGGGCAGAAUCCGAAAACACCAAGAGAGGUAAAAAGUGUUCUCCAAGAAAACGCAAAACAUCUGGACGCAUAUCAUAGCAAUGCAUAUCAAUAUUAUACAGAAAACAGAAUUGAUCCAGAAGAAUCUUAUCUUAUUAAAUUUAUAAUGUUUAACGUCCACUACGGGGUAGCCUUUCCAGAGCUGCCACCGUAUUUGUCAACGUGUCAGGCCCAUGGAUCUCUGGAUCGAUCCACUUCGUUGCGAUAGGGCACGGCAAAUACAGUGUUCCGGCUUCGACGGGUUGCGUUGCCUUGUCUUCCUUGACUCAGCUCCUGUGCGUAUUCCGCCUAAGGGUCACCUUCCUCGGGUGUGCUGAGAGGUAAAACUUCUUCGAGCCUCUUGAAGUACUUGGAGCAGUGCCUCGGCUAAUAUGCCAGAUUUAAACUGAUGUUGCUGUACAGAAGUUCUCAGAAGAAAACCUAACCCCAAAUAAAAUUGCUGAGGAGAGAAAAUUAGCUCCGCUAAUUUCGCUCAAACCGAAUACCAUUUUAUUUAUGAUCCAGAAGAAUCAGUGGAUCGAGAAACUUUUCUCAAAGUUUUCAGUGAUGAAUACACCAGCACUGAGCUAAACAUGAUAUUUUCCGCUCUAGAAAUGAAAAACUGCGGCUAUUUAAAGGUCUAUAACUACAUUUCAUGCCUAGAAUCCUGCUGUAAAGCUUCCCCAUUAGCUCUUUCAAACAAAAUUAGCUUUGAUCCUAUCUCAAAUGUAGUCUUAAACAUCCCAGGAUCUGUAUCAACUGCUGACUAUUUUAAUGAUCUUUCCCCAAAUGAUAUAUUAGAAAAAGCACAAGCUGUACGAUAUUUACAAAACAAAUUAAGCAUCACCCAAGAUAAAGCUCAAAGGUUGUUUAAUGUUAUUGAUGAUGAUAUUGAUGAUAAAGUCUCUGGCCAGGAAAUUUUUAAUAAAAUUGAUUCUUAUAGAGGUCCACCGCCAAAGAGCACAAAACCGACACCAAGAAACCAAAUAGAAAUUACAGAAAAAAUAAAUAAUGAGAGCGAAAAGAAGGCGAGUAAAGAAGAAUCAAAAACAGAAAGCCAGCCAAAAGUUCCAAAUAAGCCAGCUGCAGUGAAAAAAGCAGAAAUAAAACAUGUAGAUGUGUCGCCAAGUGUUUUUCAAGAGGGAUCUAUAGAUCAAGCAAUUUAUAAAAUAAAAUUAUACGCCAAAGCAAACCCAGAUGGAUUUUUAGCCCUUGAGUCAGUUUUCCAAAGAAUUGACGAAGAAGGAAAUGGCGCAUUAAACACCUCAGAGUUUUAUCUAGGCUUAGAAAGAUUGAAGCUUGGACUAUCAUCUCAACAAAAAGAAGGCUUAAUUAAUAUUGCAGAUAAAAGCAAAAACAGCACCAUUAUAUAUCAAGAUUUUAUUGAUUUUAUUUAUAACUACCAGUUCCAAAUUAAAUCUGAUGGAGCUGCGCCGCCAGACUCUCAGCCACUAUUGAGAUCAGCCCCUAAACAAUCAGAUCCUAUAUCUGAAAUUCGUGACUACACAAUAGUCCCCAGUCAAGAUUUCUUUGUUAGGUCAAAUCCAAAUAUAACUACAAUUCUUAAUAGUGAGCAAGCCGCUUUAAAACGAUGCACAGAGCUUUUACCUAAAGGGAAUGCCUCAUUUAGAGACCCAGAUUUUGGGCCAGAGCAAGAAAAACAAGGAGCUUUUUGUCUUUAUUGGAAUGGGUCUCCACCGUCUUCAAAUUAUCCACCUCCUGAAGAAAUAAAGUGGCUUUCUCCAAAAGAAUGACUCCCUAAUCCAUGCUUUUUCAACGACGAUAUCAGUUCAAAUGACGUCAUGCAAGGGUCUCUUGGCGAUUGUUGGUUUAUAGGCGCGCUCAGCGUUUUAGCUACCAAAGAUGAGCUCCUUAGAGGCAGCAUCACUAAUUUAUCUUCAGCUAAGCAAAUAACCGGAGAAAACGCUCUUGGGAUUUCUAAUGGGGUUUACCCUCCUAUUUUUCACAAUUUUUCUAAAAAAGGUUUAUAUGUGAUAAAGUUUUUUAAAGAUUGCAGAUGAAGGUGGGUCAUUAUAGAUGACAGGCUUCCUGUAUUUUCUGAGAUUGGGGAAGUAAAGUUUAUUUUUGGCCACUGUAAAGAUAAUAAUGAGCUUUGGGUAUCUCUAAUAGAAAAAGCUUAUGCUAAGCUGCAUGGAUGCUAUGAAGCUUUGAAUGGAGGACUUAUUGAUGAUGGACUGGUAGAUUUAACUGGACAUGUUGCUGAAAAAUUAAAAAUCAAAGGAAGAGGAGGUAUUUUAUCAGUCCCACCUGAGCAAGAAAGGCAAAAAUCUGAUGAGUUGUGGCAGAAAUUAAGAAAGUUUAAAGAAGAAGGCACUUUAAUGGGCUGCUCUAUUGAUUCAGAAGGAGUUGAAACUGAUGUAAUUUUUGAUGGUGAACCCUGCGGAUUAUUAGCCAAGCACGCUUAUGCCAUUAUUGAUGUACUUUUCAUCCCAAAUCCCAAAGCACACAACACGAAAAAGCGUCACAGACUACUAAGACUUCGAAAUCCAUGGGGCCAAAGAGAAUGACUUGGCAAGUGGUCUGACAAAAGUCCUGAGCUCAGAGACAACUUAGACGUCGUUAAAAAAGAAAUAGAUAAGCUUGGCCCUGAUGAAAUAUUUGACCCUGAAAAUUCUAACGAUGGCACCUUUUUAAUGUGCUACAGAGACUGAAGGCGAAUAUUUGACAACUUAUUUUCCUGUGUCGAUUUCCCAGACCAAUGGUGAGGAGUCAGAUUCCAAGGACAAUGAACCCAACAAAAUUCAGGUGGGACCCCUGCCAAAAUGAGUAAAGCAAAUUGCGAAAGAUGGGGUAGCAACCCACAAUAUAUUCUCACCCUCAAACAAAAAGCAGAAGCAUUUAUAUCUCUUACACAAGAAGAUGGCAGGUUUAUAAAAGGUAGCGUUUUUCCUUAUGAUGGAAUCAUAAAUACAGCUUGCUUUUCAGUCAUGAAAAUGCUGGCAGCUGAAGACAGGAUUGCUGCUUUUGAUAGCUCAAGAAUAGCAAAACUCUCAGUUAUGAAGCUGCAUAGAGAAAUCCAAAUCAGAGAAACACUUCUGCCAGGGAAAUACGCGAUAAUUCCUAGUACCAUGAUGGCUGGGAAGAUUGGGAAAUUUUGACUGUCUAUCUAUCUAGAUUGUGAUAAAGACAAAUCAACUGUAUAUUCUGCAGAAAACAGAGAAGAUAUAGGAGAUCCUAUUGAAGAGGAAGAAGAAAUUAGUAAGGAUGCACUCACGCCGACUAUGCUAAAAGAAAUAAGAGACAUUGUGGCUUUUUUAGCAACGAUAUAA